AUGGAGACUUCCUUGUUUAGAUGUUUCUCAUCUAUCAUUACAGAAUCUCCGAUUUCCAUCACCCAUUUCUUAGCUGCAACUGUCUUGAUCAUUGCAGUUAUAUAUUUUAUGUUCAGAAGCAAAUGUAUAUACCCUAUCAACUUCACCUGCUACCGCCCUCCUGAUAUCCUGCGAGUUACAAAAUUGAAUUACAUCGAACACAUAAAAACAGAUAAGUUGGCCGAAGAAGAAAGUAUCAGUUUCCAAGCGAAGGUAUUGGAAAGAUCAGGCAUUGGGGUAGAGAGUUGUAUUCCCGUUUCACUACAUGAGAUCCCAGUGGAUACUUCUUUGGGUGCUACUACAAAAAAAACUGAAAUGGUUCUCUUCACUGUUGUCAAUGACCUUCUUUCCAAGCACAAGAUAAAUCCCAAAAGCAUUGACAUUCUUGUGUCAAACUGUAGCCUUUUCUGCCCUAUGCCGUCCAUUACUUCUGUGAUCCUGAACAAGUUUGGAUUCUCCAGAGUCGAAUAG